AUGAAAUCGAAUUCGAAUUUCAAGACGGAUAUGCUGAAAUAUGCGACAUAUCGGCACGAGAAAUCACUAAAGAAGUUAGAUGAGCUGAUGAAAAUUGCACAGGAUCUUCGCAAUGAAGACACGAAUUUUGUCGAUGAGUUGGAAGCUCUUGUCGAGCAUGAUGUCGCGAAAUUUUCAACUUGCGGCCAGAAAAUGGACGAGGAGCUUCAAGCAGUCCUCAACGUUCUUUUCGACACCAUUGAAAGCUAUAAUAGCCAUUGUCAAACGCCUUUGCCGAAAAAUGAAACCUAUUCGGAUUAUAUGGAACUUCAUGGCCGAUUGGUGAAAUUGACGCAGAAGUUCGACGAGAUUCAGCGCAUCAAAUCAAUGUCGGAUCACGCUCUUUCGCAGCUCAAACAGGAGCGCAAAAUUCUUUGGAAAUUGGCUGAACGAGCCGAUGAAAUGAAAAUUCGAUGGAUUCUGAUUGAAGCUUCCACAAAAAUUGCACGCGGUAUUCUACCUGAAGAUCCAUUAUACGAUGUUCGACGAUUACCUCAACUUUUGACAUAUUUGUACAACAAGCCGACUACUGUCAAAUAUUAUAAGAAAAUGAUUGAAAAUAUCACGAAACGAGUUUUGGCAUUCCAUUUGAAAGUUGAAUCAGAGAAGGAUCCGACGCUCAAAACAAUGAAGUCGUUUUCGAAUCUCACACUGCUCGAUAUUUGCUCAACUCAAUUGUCGAAUAAAACGAAACGAGCGCCAAUGGUGCACAUUGGCGCCGCGCCAUAUCCAACAUCGCGCGAUCCUUCGAACACGGUACUCUCUCAUGGUGAAGUGACAGCACCGCCAGAGAUAAUAACACCAGUCGCCAAAGACAGUGCAAUGACAUUGGCGAGCAGUUCGAGUCCGACACCGAUUUUGACGAACGGCGAGACGAUUCCACCGAAGGCUACGGAGAAUUUGGUGGCGAAGGACAGCGUUCAACAAGUUGGAAAAUGA